AAAAUUUUUAAACCCAUAAUUCAACUGGUUUUUCAUCAUCUCUCUUUCUUCAUUAUAGAAGUUUUAAGUUUUUCUUCCUUGCCAUCACCAUCAUCAUCAUCAUCAUCAUCUUCAGUUGUUUUGCUUUUGGCUUACGUGAAGCCUUCUGGCUCUUUCUCUUGUUCUGGAUUCCUUUUUUUGUCAUGCAUAGUCAGCACUUUCUUGUUCUUUUGCCUUCUGGUUUUGCGUCAGAAUUCAGAUUCCUUUCAUCAUAAUCACAAUUUGGAUUCAUAUUCAGAUUUUCUCACUCUUUCCUUUUGUCUUCUUCCUCUACUCUAAUAUAAACAACAUAAAUAAUUUCUUUUUGAAUUUUGUGAUGUCUCUUUGCUCACAGAAUUCCCUCUAAAAAUUGGAUAAUUACCUUUAAUGGUUCUUUGAUGAGGAUGUUGGUGGCGGCGGCUUUGUUUUCUCAGCCAUGCAGAUUUUCUGCUUGAAAGUUUUCAUCUUUGAAGAGAUUAUCCAUCUGGGUAUGUGUUAGUUUUUUUUUUUUUUAUCUUUUUUGAGAUGGACUUUUCUUUGAAUUGUAAGAGUUCCAGAUUGUUUGGGUUCCAUUUGAGUUCUUUGGCAUGUAAAUGUCUUGUUUUGGUUGCUAUUUUUCUGGUUUUUAGAACUGUUUGUAUGCCUUCAAUUUCUGGAUAUGGAGGGGUUAGUGUUGAAGAGACAAAGAUUGAUUUGAUUCAAAGCCAAUCUUUGGAUUUGGAUUCUGAUUAUGGAAUUAGGAGAGAUAAGUUUUUGCAGGUUCCUCAAAUUGCGUGGGGAUUAAACAAUCAAAAAAUUGCAUUUGCAAGGGCUUGUUUAACUGCUAGAUUGCUUAAUAGGACUCUUUUGAUGCCUAGUUUAAGUGCUUCUUUGUUCUACAAGGAAAUUGAUCUCUUGCAGCCUAUUUCAUUUGAUAAGGUGUUUCAAUUUGAAAAGUUUAAUUCACUUUGUAAAGGGUUUGUUCAAUUGGGUCGGUAUUUGGAUGUUUCGAAUCGGAGCAGAGUUUUUGAGGUUCAUAAAGGAAGUGGAAGGAGGUGGACAAUUGAGAGAGAUUUGGAUCAGUUGAGGGAGGCUAGAGAGAAACCGUUGACGGAUGAGUUUGAGGUGGUCCGAAUUGUUGGGAAGAAUCCCUUUUUGUGGCAUGAUCAUUGGCCUGUUAAGGACUAUGCAAGAGUGCUUGAAUGUUUAGUCUUAGUUGAUGAAUUCACGAAAGAAGCCGAUAAAGUUGUGUCUAGAAUUAGGGAGGUAGGAAGAGACAUUAGAAGUACCCAAAAUGGCGUGGAUUCAGACGGCUCAUCGUUGAAACAGGUUCCUUAUGUAGCAGUCCACAUGAGGAUAGAGAUAGACUGGAUGAUUCAUUGUAAAAAGUUAGAGCAGAGAUCGAAGAUAAGUGAGAUUUGUAGUAGCAAGGAGGAGAUUAUGGAGAGAGUGGGGAACAUUGAAGGCCUAAAAACACCGUCAAUUGUUUAUCUCGCGGUGGCUGAUAAACUGCUUGGAAACUCUUCUAUACUUAGUGGCUGGAAAGAAGGCUUAGUUCCAUUUGAGAAACAGAAAUUAGGUGUUGAUGGUAUUUACAAGAAGUACCCGUAUCUCAUUCAAUCGGCGAUAGACUAUGAAGUGUGCUUGAGGGCUGAUGUCUUCGUGGGGAACAGUUUCUCCACAUUUUCAAACCUCAUUGUUCUUGAGAGAACACAAAAGAUGAUCAGAACCGGCAUGGCUAAUUCAUGUGGGAGAAAUGUAAUGUGGCCUUCUUAUGCAUAUAACAUAUUAGGAGAGUCAAAUGGUCCCAAGAGAUGGAUGACAAAUAUGUCUGAUUCGAGCCUUCAAGCCAUUAGCUAUGGCUCUAAUGCAAUCUCGUGCUCAACGUCGUGACACACGGUUCCGGUUCCUCCAA